ACAUGGAUGACAGAACAUUGCACGUGCUUGGGCUUUGGUUGGAGAGAAAGGCCAUCCUUCCUCGUUCUGACUCUUCUGUUCUUGAUACAGCAACUACUCCUCCCUCGAUUUCUAAUUGAGAAUGACCCUGAAAUUUGUUGGAUCACAGGGCACAUGGGAAGAAGAGAAUUGCAACGAAUGAUAGAUUUACCUGCAGCAGCAGCAGCACGCGGCCAUAUGGUUUGCUCGAUAUCGGAACCGUCAACUGUUUCACCCCACAUGCAUACCUCUCCCCCAAUAACCAAUUCUUGUUGCUUGGGGUCUGUGAUGUUAGUGAGUGGUUCAUAUGAAUAGAAUUCAGGCCAAGAGGUAUUCAAAUGGUCCAAAUACCAUUUAUCCAAAAGGCUGUCCAUGCUCAUAUACUAGUUUUUGGAGGAGACAAUUAACCGACGUGGGACAAAUUCCAACAAUUUGCAAACUCAAGCGUGCUAGGGAGAAGCAAAUUUUAUUUUAUUGUAAUUGUUACCCUUAUUCUAAAUUAUUGUUUUCUCAUAGGGAGUUGUUUUAUGCUUUGAACUUCAUUGUAAGUUUUUGUGAUAGUAAUAAAAUGUGCUUAAUUGCGAAAGUAAAUUAUUCUCUUGCAUUUGAUCCGAGAAGAGCAUACGCUUAUGGAUUGUAAGGAAUUCUCCUAGGCUCUUUUUUUCCUCUUCUUAUCUUGUUCUUGUGUUUCAACUUCUGAACUUCUUGUUUUCUGUUAACACCUUAACCAUAAUAUUUCUGAAUCCUUAAAUGCCUUUUUUGUUUGCUGAAUUCUUUCCUCCAUAGAAGUUCAAACCCUUGCAACCCAUGCAAGGUUUUUUUCCCUUGAAUGUUUGCCGCCCCAGAAUGUCCCCCAUUCCAUUGAUGAAGCUCUUUGCGUGCCCGAGCCCCAAUCUAUGCUAACCAUUUCUCCUAGCAGUGGCGUGUUUCAUAACACCUAAAACCGUGCUAUCACUUGCUAGCCAUAGAUAAUUGGAAUUUUCUGGAAUGCAGGACUCUAUUGUAUAGUAUGGUAUCUGGUUCAAAAUUUGGGCACCCUGUGUUUUUUAGAAUAUGUUGAUUCCUGAUUAGGUAAUCAGUCUGCUACUAGCAGCUUCUGCCAAGAAUCCAACACUCACAUGAUGGUUGCAUUCUUUGCCUUUCACAGUUCUACAACUGCUAUGGGAUUAUUGUCUUUUAUUUGUCAGUAGAAAGUUUUUUCCCCCUCCUUGUGAGGCAUGGCUAAAGUCUAAACACACUCUUUUGCAUUAUAUGCAGGAUAUGGAAUAUGCAGUAGAUUGGCAUGAUACAGGGUUUCUAAAUGCUGAUGAUGAGGACUAUGCUGAGGACGAAGAAUGUAUGCCAAGUGCAGAGCAAACCAGCUUCCUGGAGAACAGCGGAUGGUCUUCCCGCAGCAGGGCGGUUGCCAAGUACCUUCAACUCUUGUUUGAGAAGGAAGCAGAGCAUGGAAGGAAGGUUCUUCCCAUGGACAACCUGUUGGUAGGAAAAACUCGUAAGGAGGCAUCGAGGAUGUUUUUUGAAGCAUUGGUUCUUAAAACUAGAGAUUACAUCCAUGUAGAGCAGGAAGCUAGCCCCUUUCGGAGACAUAAAUAUAAAGCCUCGAGUAAUGCUCAUGAAAUCGGACUUGUGAUCCUUUAGAUAGAUAAAGACGACACACUCUUGCAAAGAAUCAUAAGUACUAAUUAGCAGAAAGUUCAGUAAGUUAUGGGGUUUAUUCUUCCUUGUAUCAAUUCUUUUCUAACGUAUCCGCUGUGAUGUAUCAUGUAAUUGGUAGUUUUUGCUUAGUCUAGUGGUGGAUCCAAGUGCCUCAUGUAUCCCUAUAGCGAUCGUAUAAAGUGAUGUAAUAUGAACCUUGUUUAUGUGUAUAUAAUCUGUCAUUUGCAGUUGGGUGCUAAUUUUAGCUGUUUAGCUAUUCGAAUAA